CACACACCAAAUCUCGCAAACCUCUGCCUGGCUGAAGACCUCCGCUCGACGCGUCGCGACUGCCUCUUUCAAUACACCUCACUCACCAUCAUCGCUCGCCCCACAUGCCAAGCUGGAUUCUCUAAAUUCUCGCGUCUACUUCUCCAUUGCAGACCUCCACUCCACUCGAUUCUCACAGCAGCAGUACAGCAGCAGCCAUGGUCCACGCCAACGGCUUCCUCAAGAUCGAGGUUGGCUUCAUGAAAUCGAGCAGUGAGUCAACCGGCAGUACAUUGCUAUCACCGUAUCUUCUAACCUGUAUGGCAGUCCUCAGCAAUGACCCAUCUCACAAUCCGGAAGAGUUUGAGUACACCGUCGACAACAACGGGAAGACAGUUCGCCGAUGGCUUCAGCAGGUGGAGGGGACGAUGGUCUGUACACGGAUCGGUCUCCCAAUUGGACACUGUAUUGCCUAUCUCAUACUUCGCUCCGACAUUCCUGACUUCCGAAAUCGUAUGAUGGUCGACCACGACUCUCCUGGGAUUGAGAAGGCGCUGACCAGCCUCGCACUGGACGUUUUUGAUCGCCAUGGUCGUUUGAAGAAUGAGGUCAAGGAACAUCCGAUCAAGAAAGGGUCUGGUGUCUGGGGCAGUGAGCUUGACACGGGCGACCUGUUAUUUCUUAAAGAAGUGUGGAUCUCGAAGCGCUACCGUCGACGAGGACUAGGUCGGCAGCUUGUACAAGCAGUGUGGAAGAAGAUGCAAACCUAUUCAGGACGACUCUUUGCGAUAGCUGAGAUGCGGUUCGUCUACCAAGAGGUUAUCCAAGAGCCUAGAUACGAAGGCGCCACCAAUGAACACAAACAUGCUGUUCACGCUCGACAUAACCGUGUCAUCAUAGAGUUUCUGCGAAGCCUAGGAUUCCGGCGUGUAGGAUCUCUGGACUGGUUUGCUCUGGCUUGCGACUUGGACCAUCCUUCUUACGCGUUGAGGGCAGCCGCCGAUUUCGGCCUACCAGACUCCACUUUCUGGAAGACCAACGCUCUCGCCAAGUCAUUGAGACAAAAGGCCCAGGGGUCAUCUGAUGAGACGUUUCUUGCUAUUCUGAGAUCAAGAUUCAAGACUGUCUCUGCUGACGAUUCGAAGUGGUUGCGCAUCUACACCGAGCAUGGUAGCACCAUUCUACACUUGGCAGCAGCCGAGUGCAAGCCAAAGUCAGUAGCGUGGCUCAUUUCGCAGAAGCCUGACCUCCUUCUCCUUCGCGAUCAUAUGGGCAACACAGCCUUGGAUGGGCUAGAGUCGCGAUUGGAGGAUCAGCGUUCCAUCCUUACCGAGUCGAUUCGAGUGAAGGAGACUAUGGGGAUUUUACAGAUGUGGGACGUCACUAGGGAUAUCUCAGACCACUUCCAAGGGUUCCCAAUGGAGGCAGUCCAGUGUCUACAGAUACUCAAACACCUCGAUCAAGUGUCGGAUGAGGACCUUCUGCGACUGAAAUACGGUUGCACUUGCGGCCAAUGUCUGGGAGGAUUCUUGAGUCCUCGAAUGCGUAUGCGUCUCCGGGAAGAGAACCACAGCAGUAUGCAGCUCGUUGUUUUCUCUGCGAAGCUCGGUCGAACCUCCAGUCAAUUCAUGCAUGACAUAAGCGACAUUGCCAAAUGUCUCCCGGACGAAGUUGUGAGCAUUUUCAAGGAGGACAAGCAGAAUCGACAUUCGCUAGUUUGUUUCUUCAGGAGUUUCGGUGCGUGUCUAGCUAACGACCAGAUUCCGAACAGCUCAAACAUGAGUCCGUGGCUGAGCAACUCUGCCAAGCGGCUUAGGAAGGACUUCGAUCCUGCUCGUGCAAACGCCCUUCCGCCCCUGGGGACCUGCGUCUUCCAGAAGGCAUUAAACUGGGACCGCCAAAUCUUCCGCCACUCGCUUGGAGCAGACGAGCUGAAGAAAGUCCAGAAGCAGCUUGCACACCUACCAGAAUGUCGCAACGACCUUGAGUACGGUUUCGCUAGUCGGAUGUGCGGCUACGGAAUGGUUUCUCUCCCUCCCUUCGAGCCGCAGCCCCCUGGCUUGAGCUAGUGCUUUGCAGGCACAGCCUUCGUGGACAUGGUUGGGCCGCCUCAAUAUCUAGGAGAGAUGGCUCGUGGCUUGCUCCCAAGACGGGCUGCCGACUUCAUCUGUAACGCUGUAACGAUACGACGAUCAUGAAAACAUACGUACAUGUGAAUGGGUUAGGUAGGACCAUGUCGUGUGGAUAUAUAUACAAGCGAGCAGUGUGUUUAACUGGCGAUACAUCUAUGCACCGCUUCUCGUGUGUAUUUACAGUAGAUCGAAGUCGAGACGAAGGACAUCGUGGUAUAUUCCAGGACAUGUUUCUUACCCGCAAAGUUCAAUACAAGCCA